AUAUUACACUUUUAAAUUUAAUAUUUUUUGCUAAUAUGUGAAUAAACAAUAAGCUUAAUAUAACCAAUAUUCAAGAAUUAUCAAAUUGUCAAAUCCAUGUUUACAAGAAUUGAAAAUAAAUAACACUGUGAUUUUGUGUUCUUAAAAAUUCGACACAUAAAAAGUAGAACGAAAAAACGGUACUUUAAUAUGUUUUAUAUGGUACUUCUACACAGAUGUGAUAUAAAGUAAACUUUGUUGUGUUUAUGUGAUGACAUUGUGUAACCAGAUAUACCAUAUUACUCUUAAAGUAAAAACAACAUAAGCAAGCUUAGUGCUCAUAACAUGAAAAUAUUUAUAAAUCACUUGAUAAAGUCAAUGUGUUAAAGAAUAAAAACAGAUCUUAACUUGACUUUAUGCCUGUGAUGUUUUCAUGCUGUGUGUACUAUUGUAAUAUUAUUCAAGGGUAAAGACAUAGGACAAAUAACCAUGGAUGGGAAAGUAAAGUGACUAAAAGGACUAAAUGAGUGGAGGACAUGUGAAAAUGCAUAUUUUCAUAAUGAACAACAUGAAAAGUUCAACAUACUAAGUAAUGUUGGAACUGAUGACAAAAUGCUGGGUGGAAAUAUGCAGAUAUACUAAAAAUUCAAAAUAACUUCAAAGUGACAAAUUAAGUUAACUCAUUAUGGCUGAAAGGCAUGGUAAAUAUCAUUCCACAAGAUAUUCUAAGACCAGCAGCAGAAGAAGAAGCAAAGAUGAUAACAAAUGUCGACCAUAUGAAAGUAAAACUCCCCCACUACCUCACAGACGCACCAGCAUACAAGAACUGAUGAAGGAACGAGAAACAAUUAGAAAAGAACUCAAACAUAUAGCAAAGCUUAAAACUGAAACUCAAAAAGAAAUCAGAGAAAACUAUAAAAAACGUAAAUGUGAAAAACCUAAUGAUCAAACUCACAAUGAAAAGCAUCACAGAGAUUAUAUAAAAAAUAAAAAACCUAAAAAUGAUGUAAUAGUAAAGAAAACAUCACCUGAAAAUAGUCAAGAUUAUGCCCAGUUAGAUUCUGAGGACGAAGAACAUAUAAUUGAGCAGAGAAGACAACAACGGAAGCAAUUAUUAGAACAACUACACACGUCAGUGGAAAAAACAGAUAACGCAUCCUGUGAGGAAAAUGCCAACAAUGAAAUCAAGGAUCUCCAUUUACAUAAAAGUCAAAAGAGUCUAACAAUAAACCAAACAAAAUCAGCAAAAGAUGUAACGGACAUGUUUUCAGAAGAGGACUUUGUUCCAAAAAAUGAUACAGAUAAUGUUAAACAGGACAAUAGGAAAGAAAGUUCAAAGUUAAAUGAUAAUUGGGACGAUGUUGAAGGUUAUUACAAUAUCAAAGUCGGAGAUAUUAUAAAUAACAAUCAAUACACAAUAAAGGCAUUGCUCGGACAAGGAGUUUUUGCAAAUGUUGUUAAAGCACAAGAUAGUAAUAGCAGUAAUGAGGUUGCAAUAAAAAUUGUCAGAAACAAUGAUCUGAUGUACAAAACUGGUUUAAAAGAAGUGGAGGUAUUAAAAGAAAUAAAUGACGCUGAUCCUGAAAGUAAAUACCAUUGUGUGAAAUUUUAUUCAAAUUUCAUGCAUAAAGGACAUCUUUGUCUGGUACUUGAACCUCUUCAUAUGGAUCUGCGAAGUAUUCUGAAGAAAUAUGGCCGACACCAUGGAAUUAAUAUAAAGGCAUUGAUGAGUUACAGCAGACAGUUACUUCUGUCUUUGAGACUCUUAAAAAAGAUUGGUAUUAUACAUGCUGAUAUAAAACCUGAUAACAUUUUAGUUAAUGAGAAGAAAAAUAUUUUAAAACUGUGCGAUUUUGGGUCUGCUACAAAAAUAAAUGACAAUGAGCCAACUCCUUACUUGGUCUCUAGGUUCUACAGAGCACCUGAAAUAAUAUUGGGUAUACCUUACAAGCAUGGUGUGGAUGUGUGGUCGACGGCCUGCACCAUCUAUGAAAUGUCUACUGGAAAGAUACUGUUCACUGGGAGUUCCAAUAAUAAAAUGUUAAAAUGUUUCAUGGACUUAAAGGGCAAAAUACCAAGUAGAGUUGUAAGGAAAGGAAAAUUUAAGGAUCAACAUUUUAAUUACAACAACAAUUUUCUUUUACACAAAAAAGAUGAAUUCACGGGAAGAGAAAAAGUUGUAGAAAUAACUAACAUUACAAUGUCAAGAGAUUUGUAUAAAGAAUUAAAGAAAAGUUCGUUAAACCCACCAACUGGUGAAGAAAAAAAGAUAAUACAGUUAAAAGACUUACUGGAAAAAAUGUUAAUAUUGGAUUCCAAUCAAAGACUAUCCGUUACAGACUGUUUAAAACAUCCAUUUAUACAAGACGAAUUACAAAAAUGAUUGCUCAAAAUAAAACUUUAAUUUAAA